AUGACGAAAAUCUCCUUUGCUUCAUCCUUUCUGCUGUUGCCCCUUCUGAUCAUUCUACUUUCGACCAUUCAUAAACCUACAACAUAUGCCGAGUGUACUCCACCGCCUUGCCAAGGAAAACAAAGUUGGCCAGAGCUCGUCGGGAAAGACCCAAACACGGCGUACAAUUGUAUAAGGCAUGAUAACCCCCAAGUGAAUAACAUCACAUUCUUGAUUUCUGAUGCUCUUCGUCCCAGGGCGGACAAUGGCAUGUGCUGCAACCAUGUGCUUUUGGUGAUUGGAAAUAUCCCCUCUGGUGGGGAUGGCAUCAUCAAGGUGCCACAUGUUGGAUAG